GAAAGGCAGACUAACAGGUGAACUGGGGAAUGGAGGGCUUUAGUUUCAUAACUAUCUAGGUGGGUUGGCGAUAGGGAGGUCAAUUCUGCACUUCCAAAAUGAGUUAGUUCAAUUAAGAACUUCAAUACCAGAAGAUAGGCCCUUAUAGUCAGUUUACCCCGAGUUGAAUCCUUAUUUGUUGGGACUUGAAGGAAGACCUGAUUGAGAGCUGCUUGGCGCCUUUGUUACUGUUGCUCCACUACUUAUAUUGUAGCGGACUACUUAUUAGAUUAGGUCCUCGUAGACUACUUACAGAGCUUAUUUCGUAGACUACUUACAGAGCUUAUUAGGUCUAAACCCUAACUCUUCUUGAUUGAAAUGAAGAAAAUCAUAUUUAUUGAGAAUGACCCGCCUCCGCCUCCGCAAGUGCAACAUCUGUUUCUUAAUACUGAUAUCGCUGAAGAUCUUGUAUCUAAUCAGGCAUCUCAUCUUUUAUCUCUUAGAACUCGCAAGUCCAAUUCUUAUACUACAUUGGUUAGGUUAAGAGCUGAGGGGUAGUUACUCUCUCUUUAGGAGCUGUCUAAGACCGAAGAGCAAUCCAUGUUAUUACCAAGUCAGACAAGCGUAUACUAGAAUGCGGGCCAAGUAGAAAAAGUAAGGGUGAAUACUGAUACUGAGAAUGACUAUACCUCUGGCAACUAUUAACUGAAUGAAACUGAUGGAAUUCUUGAUGGCAACUAUUCACUGAAUGAGGAACUAUUAACUGAAUUCGGUAUACCUCUCCUCUAAUGCGCUAGAUCUAUCCCACCUAGUAGUUACGGAAUGACCUAGUGUCUUCUUAAAGCAGAAUUCCCCUCAUUAGUCUAAGGCUAGAGGUGGAAACAAAGAUGAACCUCAUCAGUAUAAGAAUCAAACUAUCAACUAGGAAUUGUACUCUGUAGUCAAAGAACAAAUCCCGAGCAUAGGCCUUCCGCUCCCCGAUCUACAUCUGUAUUGUGUCCUCUUGAGUUGAAGCCUGCAACUACUUUAUCUCCUUCUGAAACUCCUGUCUUCCAUUCCUAUGUGUGGGGUUCAGUCCGCUACUCGUUAGCCUCGCCCCGCAACUCCUUUAUCUCAUUCUUAGAUACUGACACCAUAAGACUUGUUGGGGUAGUAUUUGUAAGAGGCUCGCACAUCUAGUAAUAGACUCAUAUUUGUAGUGGAAUGAGUUAAAGCAUCAAGUAGAAGACCUAAGCUGACAAACGGAAGAACUAAACCCUGUAGUAAGAGCCUGAAUACCUCCUCGAACAUUGCAUACUUAUUGCCUUGCCUUGUAGUCUUCCACUCAUUGAUUUAGUGCUUCCGCUCCUUACCCCAAAUCUUGAUACCUAACGAUAUAAGUCUCACUUUCCUUACUCCUACUUUCUGGUUUUUAGUAUUCCUUUCCUUGCUUUUAGUCUUACAACCUAUAACUUCAUUCUGACUAUCUUUGCUUUUAGUCUUAGAUGGCUAAGCUAGGCUUAGAGUUGUUGUAAGUAGUAGUCAGGAUUGCACUAAUAAGUCAAAAACUAUGCCUCGAAAUACAGAAUGAAGGGGGGAAGGGCGUAGGUUGGAGUCUAGGUGAGAGUUGAAGUAGCACUCAUUAGUAUAAGAAUGAAGAAGCUCCCCCGCCUGCCAGCGCUCUAAAGUAGUAAAUACAGAAUUCAACAAAGUCGUAAAAGAGUGCGUAGUGAAAAGAACGGAUCAGAACAGGACUCAGUAGUAUCGGAAUGACUAGCAAGUGGGUAAGUAGGUAAGUUCGAAUUAAAGAAAGAAGUCGGAAUGAAACUCUAAAGUAGGCGCACGGGCAAGUCAGAAUGAACUUAGUGGAAAGUGGUGGGAUCAUAUAUUAGAAGAGUUUAAGCCCAUCUACUUCCUGACUUAUAGUAAGCUAAGCUAGCAGAUCAGAGAUGCGAACCCUUAGUGCCAGCUCUUGUCACAGCCACCAUCCAAUAUCCUUCUUUCUUUCUCUCCUUGAAACAACUAUAUCUUCUCUUCUCUCCUUUCUUAUGGUUUCUCUUCUCUCCUUUCUUGAAACAACUAUAUCUUCUUUCCUUUCUACUAGUUUCUCUUCUCUCCUUGAAACAACUAUAUCUUCUAUUCUCUUCUUUCCUUUCUACUACUAUAUCUUCUCUCCUUUCCACUACAAUAUCUUCUCUUCUCUUCUCUCCUUUCUUUUCUCUAUAGUGGGUGAGGUUUCUAUUUCCAUAAUGAUCUCGCCUUAAUUACUAUAAGGUUCCGGACAAGGACUGCUUCUAACUGAGGGUCUCUAGAUCGGCUUUAGUCUUGAUUGUUCCCUUCCCUUUGACAGCUGACUCACUGCUUCCUCUAAUAACUUAAUGUUUCCUUUCUUUUACCUAUGCCAUGAUGCUCAUAGGCAGCUUAUCUCUAAUUGGAUUUCCUUUUUCCACUAUUUGGGAGUUUCGUUUUAGUCGAAGCACAAGAGUGAGAGCUGUUCAAUUUCGAAAAGGGAUUUGAGCUCUGAACUUGGAAUUUAUGGUUCUCCGACUUCCUUCCUCCUUGCAAUAGCCAAUGAAUGGGUCUCGGCCAAGGAACUGCCCCUCAAUCCUUCCCCAAGUGGGUGUUUGAUUGAAUAUAGCUUUACCGAACUUCCAUACACCGAUGGAUUGUAUGCUUGCAGUUCGAAACUUUGCCUCUGAAUCUCCUCUCUGGUUUGAACCAAUCAGUGAGCUUUGCGAGUUGCCGGAAAGACACAAUCAGAGGAGCUCUCAUGCGUGGACCAGCAGUGUGUCCUGUCCUCUUAGUUGGAAGAUGAGUACACAUCUGGGAAUCCGCCCACGAGAGCCCAACCACAGUAGGCUCAUACAGGAAGCAAUCACAGUCCAUAGCCCCAUAUCGAGACCACAGCCUAUUAUUCCACAAUGGAUCCAAACUCAUCGUCCAAUCUUAGAAAUCCACUAUAUUAAUAAGAAUCCAAUUCUCCUUUCGAUGGCCAUUCACGGUCCGCGAAGAAGAGAAACCACUCGUGCCCGAGAUCACUAUCCAAUAAAAAACCUGACUUCCAAGAUCUAUCUAUCUCAUUCCCCUUGGAGAAUGUAACGUAUAAGAGUUUCGCUCCAGAAUUGAUGUGUAUUCGAAUCAUAGGAGCUGGUAAUCAUCGAUAGGCUCAUAUAGGUUACGUUAUUGUUGCUGUAAUCAAGGAAGCUGUGCCAAAUAUGCCACUAUCAAGAUCGAUCGGAAGUCAUUCGAGCUGUAAUUGGUAGUAAAUGUAAGGAACUCAAAUGUGACAACGGUAUGAUACUACUUUUACAAUGCAGUGGUUGUCAUUGAUCAAGAAGGCAGGAAGGAACUCUAGUUAUUGGUGCAGGAAUUGAUACAGUUUCAUUUGACUAACAUUAGCUCCAUCGGUAUUCUAAAGUAGUAGAGCCUAUGAUUCGGUAUUCUAAAGUAGUAAGUAUAGCCGGCGCCUAUAAUAUGGUAGUCGUAGGAUAUCUGAAUAUGGAUCUCAAUUAGCUAUGAUAUAUAAUUAGCUAUGAUAUAUAGUAUGAUCUCAGAAUAUGGAUCAAUUAGUGUAUUCUGUCUCACGUGGAUACUUUCAUUUCUAUUGUGAUCAUUCAUAAUCUAUCUAUCUAUCUAUAUCCGUAUAUAUCCUUAGUAUCAGUAUAUAUCCUUAGAAUCAAUAGAAUUUCUCUAUCGAAUUGCAUAUUCUAUAUAGGGUCUCAUAGCAUUUACUAAUAUAACAGAAACCAUAGUAAGUCCGGGUUUUCAUAGCAUUUCUUACCAACCAACUCUUACAGAAAACAUUGUUUCAUUAGUUCUACGAGAAGGUUUUAUUGAAAACAUUAGGAAACAUAGGAAAAGUCCAAACUCAAUCUAUCUGGGUUUCAACGCAGCUCCUGGUGUUCGAACUAGUCAUUAAUGGUCGGCAAAUGGGUACUCCUUUCGGUAUGUGUUGUUCACACUUUCUUUUUCUCUGGGGAGAAGCUCCAAUCUUACGGAUAGAGUAUAUGGUCCAACUACAGAACUUCUUCUUUUUCAUUACUUCCAUGGUCGUGCCUCGUGGCACGGCAGCACCCGUACUAUUUCAAUGGUUCGUCAGUAGAGAUGUUCUCACUGGUGCCCCUUCUUCCAAUGGUACUAUAAUUCCUAUUCCUAUCUCUUCAUUCCUUUUUAUGGUCUAUCUACAUUCCAGGAAAUUCAUACGCUCCAUGGACAGAGCUCAAAGUGGAGUGUUGGUCAGAGCAAGCUGCCCUAUUCUAUUACCAGACAUAAUUGGGAGAAGCUCAUCCGCAAGAAAUGCUGUAUUUCGUAUCGUUCCCGUUCUGCAUUUCCUUCUUAUCGAAUCCAUAGGGGACUUGUCAUAUUUCUCAUCUUUCUGCGGUCUGCUCAGUUGUCAAUUCUUUCUAUCUCUCUUCUCUAUACCACGUGAUAAGUCUGCGAAGCGUGAGCGGGCGCUGCCGCGUCAGCGGACAACUAUUAACAGCCUAGCAACUCCUUUAGCACAACAAGAAGCUCCCUGCCGCGUAACUAAGUUACUUGCCUGCUUGUCUGCUUGUCCGGUAACAACUGACGAACAACUAAGUAAGACGUUGUUUGUCGACUUGCCUAUAAACUCACUGCCGUUUAACUCAGGCUCCUACCGCUUUUCCGCUCGCUACCGUUUUAGCUCAGGCUCCUACCGCGGCACGUUAGUAGCAAAACAGUACUGCCGCCUUCCCGCUCGCUACCGUUUUAGCUCAGGCUCCUACCGCGGCACGUUAGUAGUGCCUUGGUCAUUAGUAGUUGCUUGCUCGUUAGCAGUUCCUUGGCGGUCAUUAGUAGUUGCUUGGUCGAACAAAGGAAUUGUUAUAACAAGUUAUAACCCACUACUGUUGCUGCCGCACAACGGCUUGCUUAGCCUAAACUCACUGCCGCGGAACAUUAUACGUUCCUUGGCCCGUUACUUGGCGUCUAUCCGUUACUUGGCCAGGCUUGAAGCUCUCGCCUUACCAACGAGCCGACUGCUGAUGACUGUUGGUCACGACUACUACCAAAAAGUGCAGAUGAAUCUUCCUAUCUCACAUGGAGGAGUCUGCAUCUUUCUUUUGGGUGUUUUUCUGUCGUGCGACCCGGUGGCUUAUGUGCGACCUGUGGCCCACGCCUCCUAUUUAUUUGUUCCGGGUGGGCGGCGUGAACUCUGAUUCGAUCCGGGUAUUCAAUCCCGCCGCU